AUGGAUUUAGAGGGAACUCCAUAUCCAAAACAAUUCUUUACAAACAUGUCAUUAGCAUUAUUAGCUGCUGUCGUACGAGCGUUUACACAGUAUAAUAAUUUAACUAAUUACAUAAGUGCUUGUUUCCAAUUAUUAUCUAAUAUACAACAAGAUACACCGACAUAUUUUAUUAGGUGUGAUGUAGCCCAUAUUAUAAUACUGGUGACUACUUGGAAGCCACUCCAGUCCGUUGAUAAGAGAGUGAAAGAUUGUAUAGUUCGUUCAAUAGCACAAAUUAUUUUAUCUGAUGAUAUAGACGAUUUGAAACAACUGUUGAGAAGUUUUUUUGGCUCAUUUAGAGUAAUACAGAUGGUUAUUUGGAAAAUAGUCAUAAAAUCUUCUGUGAAAAUGAACGACCAUUCUUACGACAACGGAUUGCCACAGGACUUCUAG